GGGGAAUAUAUGGUCGAUGCAAAAACUUCAUAUGUCUCCGACAUAGCCAGAGACCGAGGCGCCGAGAAUUGGGGCUGCCGAGCCGGUCAGCCACCUUUCUUUUUCAUUACCUUGGAUAACAGAUGAUCGACUUUGCCUGGUGACAUUGUGCAGCCUUUUCUUGGAGAAGCCCUCACCUUUUAUCAAGAGAGGUUCCAGGGGGUGCUUAAGGGGUUGUCUGAGUUUGAGGCCAAAGGGGCAGGUUUUAGGGUACUGGGGAGUGAGGUGAAAGGCCAGCAAGCUCCUGCAGCAGCUGUUCCUUCAGGAGCAUAUCGAGAUGUGACGGUCCCCAAAUGGGGCUCACCUGGUUUUAGGAUCCUUGUGUGGGAAGAAGACAGUCUGGAAAGAAGGCCAUUGGAGACCUUUGGGGUAACAUUUAGAUAAAGUUAAGGUCCCCCUCAUCACCAUCCCAACCUGACCCAAUCCACAGCUACCAGAUCCAGGACAGUUGAAGGGCCUCCUGACAUUUCAGCAAGCCCCAACUUCAACUAGAAACACCCCAGCCUGGACUUGGGCAGAAAACCAUAGCGGUUACUCAUUGCCUAACUCAAUUCAGAUCUGCCAGAUACUGGUAACUUUUGGGUGACCCUGAUGAAAACAAAGCCAGGACAGGUCUUUGUAUGUCAGAGUCCAGAACUCCCGCCAGCUGGCCAGGCAGGCUGCCUGCCUGGGACACUCUCUACCCAACUCAGAGGCCACAUUGCCCACACUCAUUCUUCCUUAUUUCGCACCCCAAUAGGAGAAUUCGCUCUUCUUGGAACUGUGCCCACUUCGGGGACAGCUUCAGGCGAUGGUGGUGAGGAGGGCAUGGGAGGUUAGCAAAGUCGGUGAGACAAAAGCCGGGGUAACCUGCUGAGAACAGGGGUACUGGGGAUAGAAUUGGAACUAUAUUAACAUCUGUCAGGGACUCUCAAAUGUGGCAUGGCAAGUCACUUGAUUACACGUAUGUUAUUUAGUUAAAUUUGUUAAAAUUAUGAGAUGCUCACAAACCCGGUGAUAAACUCGCUCCCUUCCUAUUGGCUGGCCUGGUCACAUGGCCGCCCAACUUUAUUCAGUUGACAGCAAGUAGGAGGGCCCAAUGGAAGAAGAAAAAAAGACAACACGAGAAAAAUUAGUAUUUUCUACCUUCUGAAAUUAAUGGCCAUGAGUUCGUAUAUGGUGAACUCUAAGUACGUGGACCCCAAGUUUCCUCCGUGCGAGGAAUAUUUGCAGGGUGGCUAUCUAGGCGAGCAGGGAACCGACUACUACGGCAGCGGCGCACAGGGCGCCGACUUCCAACCCUCGGGGCUCUACCCACGGCCCGACUUCGGUGAGCAGCCCUUCGGAGGCGGCGGGCAGGGGCCUGGCUCAGCGCUACCGCCGCGGGGUCACGGACAGGAGCCGAGUGGCCCAGGAAGUCACUACGGUGCCCCGGGAGAGCCGUGCCCAGCGCCCCCGCCUGCGCCCCUGCCUGGCGCCCGGGCCUGCAGCCAGCCCACCGGCCCCAAGCAGCCGCCCCCGGGGACAGCCCUCAAACAGCCGGCUGUGGUCUACCCCUGGAUGAAGAAGGUGCACGUGAAUUCGGUGAACCCCAACUACACCGGCGGGGAGCCCAAGCGUUCCCGGACAGCCUACACCAGACAGCAAGUCCUAGAACUGGAAAAGGAAUUUCAUUUUAACAGGUAUCUGACCAGACGCCGUCGGAUUGAAAUCGCUCACACCCUGUGUCUGUCAGAGCGCCAGAUCAAGAUCUGGUUCCAGAACCGGAGGAUGAAGUGGAAAAAAGACCACAAACUGCCCAACACCAAGGGCAGGUCUUCUUCUUCCUCAUCUUCUUGCUCCUCCUCUUCAGCUGCCCCCGGCCAGCAUUUGCAGCCCAUGGCCAAGGACCACCACACGGACCUGACGACCCUAUAGAAGUGGGGACCCUGGGCUCAUCCCUCCCUGCACUCCAGGUUGAGGCGAAGCUGCGGGUGCAGGCGGGGCCUGCUGUCACCUCACUGGGCUCUAAGGAGCUACUGAGAACAUAAAACCUUGGCGAGUCAUUAAACUCAUGAAAACCUCUGCUGUUGGAUGUUGAAUUUGCAAAUGAAGGUCGGAGGCUUACUCCAGUGGGAACCUGGACAUUCUCCUCCACACCACCCCUCCAGGGGGCUGCGUGGCUUAGUAGCUGUGGGGGCAGUUGAGGCAGAAGGCCAGCACCCAGUGCUAGGUGCUUUCAGUGUGGACAGAAGAGAUGAGAGAGAAUCUCAGAACUUUCUGAGUUAUCUAUAGAAUUUCUGCUGUGAUAAAAAGAAAUGCUUUGCUCCCAGUGGCCCAGGCCCAAAGAAAUAAAUCCAAGAAGGAAGUGGAAACGGGUUAUUUUAUGUUCUGAUUAUGUUUGCUUAAAUAUUUAUUUGUUGGGAGAAUGAACUACAGAAAAUCCGUGGCACCUGUGUGCCAACAACCUUAGGCUAGUGAAAAGGAUCGAGCUUCAGGGGCUGAAUCAGAAAUCUGGGGACUCACUUCUGGCCCUAGUCGGGAUUUUGAACUCCUCCCUCCCACCCAUCCCCUGGAAAUAAGUGUAGGAGGCCCUUAACCCUCCCAGAGGGAAGCCAAGGACCCAGGAAAACUGAGCUUUGAAAAUGUAUUUCCACAUGUGCUUGCUCCAGCACUGUGUUUGCAAGGUGGUUCAAAGAAAGAGAAGGGGGAAAAAAAGAAACAAAUGGCUCAAUAUUUUUCUCCUGGGAAAGAAAACAAAACCUAUAUGCCCUGGGCCAUCAGCUAAUCUCUGAGUUUUCUAUUCCAACUGGAUUCCAAAUGCUCCAAGUACCUCCAGAUAGCAGGAUUUUUAUAGGAAUCAGAAUCAGUGUAUGGCCUAUGGGGGGUGGGGGUGGCCCUGUGCAGUAAGGAGAAAAAGGGUAGGUAAGGGAGGAAGUCUUGUUUUUAAAAAAGGAACUAAUAGACUCUGGAAGUCCACAAGUGUUGAUCUUAAAGAGAUUUCCCUGAGGUGUGUGUGUGUGUGUGUGUGUUCUGAAGUGUUUCUCAAGACAUUACUUACAAGCAGAAACUGUAAAAGUCUCAAAGUUUUCAGGCCCACUUCUUUACCUUGAAACCAGUGGCUUUAAAACAAGCUCAAACAACAGGAAAGAUAGUUAUUUAUUUACUUUUAUUUCACGUCUGGGAAGAGUUCAAAUCUCAUUUUCUUAAAACACUAACCCUUAACAACAAGAAAGAUAAGAGUCAAAGGUGAUGAUAGAGUUUAUACACUCAAAUGAAGGGAGGUUUUGAAAGCUUGAGCCCCAAAGCUUGGGCUUCAGACAGAAACCCCUGACUGCAGUCUCCCCAGACCCAAGUAAGAAAUUGGGAGGGGUAAACUUAAAUUUUAAUCAUAAGAUCAAUAGUGCUGUUACUUUUUUCAGUAUUUCAGAAUACUUUAGAAGGUUUCGGUGGUUGUUUUUAAAAUAGAUUUCAGUGGAGGAGGGAAAGGCCUGGGCUUUGGUUCUGUGUCUCCCGAGAGAGAGCUGAGGGCAAGGAUUCAACUGGAGUCCCUAAACUGAAAUUCUGCUUCUCUGAAGUAUCUUCCAAGCCUUGGUCUUUUGUAUUAGACCCUGGGGAAAGCUCUUUGUUCCUCCUUGGGGUGAGCCUGGUUCUCAGACUUGCACAUGGCAAUACUUGAAUAUCACCACGUCGGGAUAUUAAAGAUGGAUAUUCCUGCAUUAUUUGCAUCAUUGUCUCUAUGACAAAAAGCACAGAGUUCAUACAUAGUCAAGAUGUCUUUUUUCUGACGCCCUCACGUUGAGAAGCUGAAAAGGUAUUUUACUGAAGUUGGGCUAAAUUACAGAAUCAGGUUCAUCCAGAGGGCAAAUUUUCUGUUCGAUUGGUUGUAUUUCAGCCGGGAGGACUGACCUCUAAACCCUUAACCUUUGGACUGUAACUACCCUUCUCUUCUUUUCCCUGCCCCUCUAACAUGGAGACAGUCUUUGGAUGCUGCGUCUGAAAAGGGCACAGCUAGCUAUCCUUGGGCCGAUUGGCAAGUUGCUAAGAUUCUUUCCUAAAAGCCAAAUCUGAGCAUACAUUGAACCAAGGCCUUGGGGCGGAGUAGUAUAUAUUUUCACAAGAUUCAACCAUCUAUACUUGCUAUAAAGAUUAUUAUAUAGAUUUUUUCCCCCUCUCCUUGGAAGUCCUGGUUACUCCUCUAGCUUCAGACCAAAUACUACCCCUCCUUCCUCCUGCCCCAAGGGAAAGCCAAAAGUAUGUUUUCCAGAAGAAAACCCUGGUUCCUUCUCAAACACAGCCCCACUACUUUGGAAAGUAACUUAAUCCGGGGAAACAACUUCUUUGUUUUUAAGUCUCAGCUCUACUACUCAGCUGGGAGGAAUUGUCUUUUGAAAUGCUAAUGGCUCUUGCCUGGCCUAAAGAGCAGUUGCCAGUCCUGAAGUCCCAUUCGAACCCUAGUGUCCAUUUGGGCCCAAAGGAGUGGACCAGGAAAGGGGUAGCCCCCGCACUCCCCCCCACCCUGGUCACCUAGGGCAGGGAAGGAACUGCGUUUCCAUCUGGGAACUGCUGUAGAGAAAGCAAGGGGUAGAAAGACUCUGGUGCCCAUUUGCCGUUAUUUGUUUCCAGUUUGUUCCCCCAAAUAUGAGCCAGAAGUGUUUAUUUGGGUGUUUUAAAACCUGUGUCGGGGUUGGUGACUGGGGCUGAGGAGCGGAGCGUUUGCUGAGGACAGUGGGCCUCUGGCUCACACCUCAUUCUGUCCAUGGCAGCCUUUUGUUGAGAGGUGACAUUGUCAGUCAGCCCCUUGGAGUCCACUCACAAAGAUGCUUUUUAAAAAUAUAAUUGACCAUGUUUUACUGCCACCGAUUAAAGUAUUAUUUAUAUUAAUUGUUGCCUGUAGUUUUGAUGUAAUUCAUUGAUCUAUAUUUGAAAUAAUAAAAGGUGUAGUAAAAUCUC